AUGGCAACGAAACAAGAACCUCCAGGAGAUAAGGGUGUGGCGAAGCGAACGAUUCACGAUGAUAUGGAGGUUUAUGCGGAAGCCUUCCUGGAGGAAAGCAGGAAUUGGUUGCACGGUGCAAAAUAUCGCGCUGACUACUCGGUUCAGGCCUGCCACGGUAGCGACAUGACAGGAAACAUAUACGGGGUCAUGCUGCGAUUUCUCAAACAGGACAAUUUGCCGCCGUACUAUCAAGUCAAAGCACACGUCGUCCUGAGUGCCACAGAUGAACAGGACGAGCCCUGGGAGAAUUGGGCUGCCACUAGGCACCAUCUACGAGAGGCUGAGAAAGCUUUACAACUUGCGGAGCAAACGUAUACUCAUGAUGCUUCAGACAAGGAAAAGCUCAAAGUCUUGAAAGAGAACAUUGAUGAGGAAUGGGCCGCUCUUCGCAGUCAUGAGGCAGCCGAUGAUAGCGACGAGGAUGAGUAUGAUUAG